ACUCCAAUUCAGUUGGUGGCGGUAAUGCACCAAAAGCUGGUUUGACAACCGCCAAUAAUCAGAAGAAGAAGCACGAGGAAGUCUGUUUGAGCCGUUUGAAGUAGGAGAAAGUUUUCCAGCCCCAAUUACCUUAAAAUUCCGCAUUCCGAGCAGCAUGGACUCAGUAUCAGAAAAUAAAUUCCAGGCUCUUGACAUGGAAACUCAGAAUAUGCUCAAAGAAGCGCUUGAUGAUCCUAAGACAGUUGAUUUGGAGAAGCUGUCCAACACUAUUGUAAACCAGUCAUUGAAAGACAUUACAUUCUGUAAAGAUGCUGGCCGCAUAUGUUAUGCCUUAGUUCAGGCAGAGGCUCAAAAGGUUGCAACUAGUGUAUUCAGGCGAAACAUAUUGACACGUCUACAGCAGGAGUUCACUGCCAGAGAGGAGACACGAAACCGCUCAUUGCAGGAGUGGGUCUGCCUGGUCACCUUUAUCUGCAACAUAUUUGAUUAUAUAAAGGUGAACAGUGCUCCUAUUGUGGCCCUUGUUGAUCCGGUGUAUGACUGCCUCUUUAGGUUGGCUAAGCCAGACUCCUUAUUGAAUGAGGAAGAGGUGGACUGCUUGGUCUUACAGCUUCAUCGUGUUGGUGAGCAGCUGGAGAAAAAGAACUCCCGGCGCAUGGAUCAGCUGUUUUACUUACUGAGGGAUGGAUUUCUCCUUCAGGAAGGGAUCAGUUCUAUGACUAGGCUUUUGCUCCUAGAGAUCCUGGAGUUCAGGGCCAGUGGCUGGAUGCUCACUGACACUGCGCAACAGUACUACUACAGUGAAGUAGCAGAUUGAGGGUGACUGAAGAGAGAAUUUGGUCUUAAAGAGGUCAAGACCUUGCCGGCAUCAGGGUUUGAGAAAUUCAGCGUUCACAGAAGGUCUGGUGUGACUUUUACAUGGGUUAAAGUAGUGGAAACCCCAUGUAAUAGCACUGUGGAUCGAUAUGACACAGCUCACAGGGUCAUGCAUGUGUUCAGAGUGCAGUUAGCCCAGAUUGUUCAGAUGUUCAGAUUUGGUUGUGUUCUCUCUUUACAGUCAGCAUCUUGGCAUGGUGAAGGUGCACAUGAUGCUAGUUCGACAAUUUAAUGCAAUAACCAAAAGCAAUCGCUACUCACCACAAAACUGUGAGCCAUCUGCAGUGUUCAUGGCAUUGUCCUUAAAGGUUUAAUACAAUGUAUACUCUAUAAUUUUACAGUGAAGGAACCUCAGUGGAUGAUUCUGUGACCUUUAUCAGUGUUGUUAAUACAAUGUUGUUAAACAUUGUAAAACGUCCUUAAUUUUAUAGUAAUUUAUCAAAUAGGCUGUAUUCUAAAGGUUUCUACAUUGUAAAGUUUUGUGUAUGGGCAAAUGUGAGAUGUUCAGCCACGUGGUGUGUAUCAAGGCUUUUACAUAAAAUUUGAGUGCAAAUUUGUUGUCUUAUUUUUCAAUUUCUUAAAUAAAAAUUGGUGGCUCAGUUUAAUUUGACUAAGUUACUCUACAUUAAAGGAAUAGUUCACCCAAGAAUGAAAGUUCUUUCAAAAUUUACUCUGCCUCAUUUCAUCCCAGAUGUGAA